GCGACUUCAUGACGUCAUACGCCUGCGCCAUGUUAUCCAAUAACAGCCAUAACAGCCCACCUCAAUGACAUGGGUUGUUCUGAUCUGUAUCUUGUACAGUUUAUGAAAAUAUAAUUCUGAAUUAUAAGCAUUUUAUCAUGUUGAAGGGGACAGUGAAGACGGGCUCCCGCGUUUUCAGCACAUCUUUGAUGAGACAAUGUGUCUGUAAAGACGCUCGCGCGUACAGCGUCCUCCCGGUGCCGCGAGACGAGGAGGAGGAGGCCAUGCUGCACCGGAUGAUGCGCGUGGACCACGCCGGAGAGUACGGCGCCAACCGCAUCUACGCCGGUCAGAUGGCCGUGCUCGGGCGGACCCAGACCGGCCCGCUCAUCCAGCACAUGUGGGACCAGGAGAAGAGACACCUCGCCAAGUUCAACGAGAUCCUGGCGGAGAACCGAGUGCGGCCCACGUUCCUGCUGCCGCUGUGGAACAUCUCUGGGUUCCUGCUAGGGGCGUCGUCGGCCCUGCUGGGGAAGGAGGGGGCGAUGGCGUGCACGGUGGCUGUGGAGGAGAGCAUCUCGGAGCACUACAACAGCCAGAUCAGAGCUCUGAUGGAGCAGGACCCCGACAGAUACACCGAGCUGCUGCAGGUGAUAAAGGAGUUCAGAGACGAGGAGAUGGAGCAUCAUGACACAGGAUUGGAACAAAACGCUGAAUCUGCCCCUGGAUACUGGCUGUUGAAAGCUGUCAUACAGCUGGGCUGUAAGGCAGCGAUACGUGUUUCUGAACGGGUUUAAUCGCAUUUUGUAUAAAUAUGUAAAGAUAUUCUGAUAUGAAUAGAACUAUCAUACUUUGUUUUUGUAUGACAAUUUGA